UAAAUUCUGUAAUAUAAAGAAAACACAUUUUAAUUUUAGUUUUAGCAGUAGUAGCCUGUAUGGACUUUCCAAAAACCAUAUACAGUUCAUUCUGACUUUUUCCACAUUGUUACGUGCCUUAAUCUAUAAUUGAUUCAAUUGUUUCCCCCCACUCCAUCUGCACACAAUACCCCACAAUGACAAAGCAAAAACAGGUUUUUAGAAAUGUUAGCAAAUCACUGAAAUAGCAUAUCCAUAAGUAUUCAGACCCUUUUGUUGAAGCACCUUUGGCAGCGAUUACAGCCUUGAGUCUUCUUGGGUAUGAUGCUACAAGCUUGGCACACCUGUAUUUGGGGGGUUUCUCUCAUUCUUCUCUGCAGAUCCUCUCAAGCUCUGUCAGGUUGCAUAGGGAGUGUAGCUGCACAGCAAUUUUCAGGUCUCUCCAGAUAUGUUCGAUCGGGUUCAAGUCUGGGCUUUGGCUGGGCCACUCGGAGACUUGUCCCAAAGCCACUCCUGCGUCGUCUUGGCUGUGUACUUAGGGUCAUUGUCCUGUUGAAAGGUUAAUAUUGACCCCAGUAUGAGGUCCUGAGUGCUCUGCAGCAGGUUUUCAUCAAGGAUCUCUCUGUACUUUGCUCCGUUCAUCUUUGCCUCGAUCCUGACUAGUCUCCCAGUCCCUGCCGCGGAAAAACAUCCCCACAACAUGAUGCAUCCACCACCAUGUUUCACCGUGGUGGUGGAAGGUUUCCUCCAGAUGUGACGCUUGGCAUUCAGGCCAAAGAGUUCAAUCUUGGUUUCAUUAGACCAGAGAAUCUUGUUUCUCAUGAGAGUCCUUUAGGGGCCUUUUGGCGAACUCCAAGCGGGCUAUUGUGCAUUUUAUUGAGGAGUGGCUUCCGUCUGGCCACUAUAUCAUAAAGGCCUGAUUGGUAGAUUGCUGCAAAGACAGUUGUCCUUCUGUUAGGUUCUCCAAUCUCCAAAGAGGAACUCUGGAGCUCUGUCAGUGUGAUCAUCGGGUUCUUUGUCACUUCCCUGACCAAGACCCUUCUCCCCUGAUUGCUCAAUUUGGCUGGGUGGCCAGCUCUAGGAAGAGUCUUGGAGGUUCCAAACAUCUUCCAUUUAAGAAUGAUGGAGGCCACUGUGUUCUUGGGGACUUUCGACACUGCAUAAACGUUUUGGUACCCUUUCCCAGAUCUGUGCCUCGACACAAUCCUGUCUCGGAGCUCUAUGCACAAUUCCUUCGACCUCAUGUUUUGGUUUUUGCUCUGACUUGCACUGUCAACUGUGAGACCUCAUAUAGACAGGGUGUGUACCUUUCCAAAUCAUGUCCAAUCAAUUGAAUUUACCACAGGUAGAAUCCAAUCAAAUUGUAAAAACAUCUCAAGGACGAUCAAUGGACACAGGAUGCACUGAAGCUCAAUUUCGAAUAUCAUAGCAAAGGGUAUGAAUACUUAUGUAAAUAAGGUAUUUCUGAUUUUUUUUUAUUAAUACAUUUGCAAAAAAUAUAUAAAAACCUGUUUUCACUUUGUCAUGUUGGGGUAUUGUGUGUAAAUUGACGAGGGGGAAUAAAAAAAAAUCGAAUAACGCUGUAAAGUAACAAUGUGGAAAAAGUCAAGGAGUCUGAAUACUUACCGAAUGCACUUUAGAUCCAUAGGACAGUAACUUGAGAUGUUUUAUAGGUGCAGGCAUGGAUAGACAUGAUCGGGUGGUGGUUUACCCGAAUAUGGCUCAAAAUUGUCUAAAGAAAAAGGCCUCUCCUCAAUUCCUCUGCUUGGAGCCCAAGAGCCAACCAUAGUCGGUCCCAAAAAAAUCUUCCUCAUUCCAAAGGAGUGGGAAAGGGGAUUCUGACACGCUCUCAACAAAAAUAAAUGAUUACAUCCUCCCUGGGGAAAUGCAAUUUGAUGGACUGUAUUUCCUUGGCAUAACUUUGACUACUGACCUGAAAUGGGUGGGGUUCGAACAGGUGCACUGUAUAAAAACGACUGGUAACGGCUUAAAGACCAGUAGUGGUGGAUGGCAAAAGUCAUUCAAAAUGGGCAACUGGAUCAUUAACCAUGGACUGACAUACUUCAUACUGGUGGUCUGGAUGGCCAUCAACAUAUUCAUUUUCGUCUGGUUCUACUUCUUGUACGACUUGGGGGAUCGGUUUUUCUACACGCGACACCUUUUAGGGUCUGCAUUGGCCUGGGCCAGAGCCCCUGCAGCCGUCCUCAACUUCAACUGCCUGCUGAUUCUGCUGCCUGUGUGUCGGAACCUGCUGUCUCUUGUCCGCGGCUCCUUCGUGUGCUGUGGGCGAACUGUGAGGAAACAGCUGGACAAAAAUAUCAGUUUCCACAAGCUGGUGGCCUACAUGAUUGGCCUGAUGACAGCGGUUCACAUCAUUGCCCAUUUGCUGAACGUGGAGCGGUACUACAAUAGCUGGCAUGGAGAGUAUGAUGCCCUCAGCAUGGCCCUGUCCAGACUUAACGACUCGGGCAACACCACCUACCUGAACCCAAUCCGCUCUACAACCACUACUACGAACCUCCUGGUGUUCACCACCAUCGCUGGGAUCACGGGCGUAAUCAUCACGCUGGCACUCAUCCUUAUGAUCACCUCGUCCAUGGAGGUCAUCAGGCGCAGCUACUUCGAGGUCUUCUGGUUCACACACCACCUCUUCAUUGUCUUCUUUGCUGGGCUGGUCAUCCAUGGAGCCGGACGCAUAGUUCGAAGUCAAACAAACGCCAAUCCACCAUACAAUAUUACCUUCUGUAAAGAUCAUAUAGAAGACUGGGGGAAGAAAAAGAUGUGUCCCAUGCCUCAGUUUGCAGGGGGGUUCCCACAGACCUGGAUGUGGGUGAUCGGUCCCAUGGUCCUCUAUGUGUGUGAGCGCUUGCUGCGCUUCAUCCGCUACAUUCAAGCUGUCAAAUACAGAAAGAUAGUGAUUCGGCCGUCCAAAGUACUGGAACUGCAGCUGGUGAAGAAUGGUUUCAAAAUGAACGUGGGCCAGUACGUCUUCCUCAACUGCCCAGCCAUCUCCCAGCUGGAGUGGCACCCCUUCACCAUGACCUCUGCCCCCGAGGAGGACUUCUUCAGCGUGCACAUUCGCUCUGUAGGUGACUGGACCCAGAAACUCAUCAGCAUCGUGGAGCAGCUCCCUGAGGGGGCUCAGGGACCGAAAAUGGGUGUGGAUGGACCGUUUGGUACGGCCAGUGAGGAUGUGUUUGACUACGAAGUCGCCAUGCUGGUUGGCGCUGGAAUCGGAGUCACCCCCUUCGCCUCCAUCCUCAAGUCCAUCUGGUACAAAUUCAAGGACUCCAACCCCGAGCUACGCACCAGAAAGAUCUACUUCUAUUGGCUGUGCAGGGAGACGCAUGCAUUCGAGUGGUUUGCAGAUCUGUUGCAGGUGCUGGAGAGGGAGAUAGGCAUGGGAGACUUCCUCACCUACAAACUCUACCUCACUGGAUGGGAUCAGAGCCAUGCAACUCAUGUGAUGGUUCAUGCGGAUGCGGACACGGAUGUGGUCACUGGUCUGAAGCAGAAAACCAACUACGGCAGGCCCAACUGGGAUAAGGAGUUUGAACAAGUGUGCCAAGAGAAUCCGACGUCAGUGGUGGGCACGUUCUUGUGUGGCCCUGUGGUCUUAGCUACCGUCUUGUCAAAGAAAUGUGUCAAAUACACGGACGUCGAUCCCCGAAAGACCAAAUUCUACUUCAACAAGGAGAACUUCUGAGCAAAACAAUGUCUAAUCUGCCCCCCUGACCAAAGCUGGCUCUUUGGUCUUCCAAAAUGUUUGCAAAGAGUUGUUUUUAAAACUUUUCAUCUGGGAGCUUCCCGAGUGGUGCAGCGGUACUUCCGGCCGGGAUUUCCUUGUUCCAUCGCGCUCUAGCAACUCCUUUGUGGUGGGCCGGGCACCUGCAAGCACAGAAAACUGACAAGCAUUGCACAUUUAGACAAAUGUGCAGGAAAUGAGAGAAAUAAGCUUUUUGUGCAUAUGAAAUAUUUCAUUUC